AUGUCUGAACUGCCAGUCUGCUUGGAGACUGAUGAAGAGCGAGCUAUGCUCUUCAAUCAGAUUAUCAGAAAAAUCCGAACGGAUUUGGAGAGCAGAAUCAAAGGAGAGAGUUCUGACGCAGACCUCACAGUUUCCCCAGUCGUUGCUAAAAUGGUUCAGUUCUUCAAAGAGAAGUUACUUUCGAAAAAUCCCAAGUGGUUGGAGAAAGCAAUGAUCGAUGAAGUGUCACGAAGGCAGGCCACAAAACAAGGCUACACCGUGGACAACUUGAUUGGCCCUCACUCAGACAUUUUCAUCGCUCUUAUCAAGGAAAAAAUCAUCGAAGAAGGGCUCUUGAAAGAGUGUGCCUAUAGCUUGGUCGGGGAUGUUAGAGAACACCUUCAGAAGGUUGUGCAGCAUGUCAUUCAAAGAUAUGCGCACAUCAAUGGUAUUCUCCCCGCAGCUUUGAAUGGAAAGGCCGAGGACUGCAUCGACAACCUGGGAGUCCAAGCUCGAGGUGACUGUGAGAGGUUGGCUUUAGCCCAGGAGGAGACUUCUACCACAUAUGACCUGUACAACAAGCAGAUGUCACAGUUUGUGGCUUCUUUGUCCGAUGAAUCAACAAUUGAGCUGGCUGGAGAGAAGAGCUUCUGCAACAUGCUACCGGAAGAGUUUGUGCUUCUACGCAAAGACGCAGUACAAUCGCCACAGAAGCGAGCAGUCCUGGAAAUCUGUGUUUCGUUGCACACCUAUACCAAGCUCAUGAUUGAAGGCUUCGUGGAGAUGUCUGCCAAACUCGUCAAGUUCAGCCUGGUCGGGCAGCUUGUUGAGAAGCUGGAAGAGGUCUGGCGAAAGGAGUCGGGUCGAACUACCCUCCAGAAGCUCUUUGCAGAGGAGGAAUCAGUGGCUCAGAAACGUGAAGAUCUGAGCAAGAAGAUGAAAGUGUUGUCCGACUUCAAGGUGGAGCUGAGGGGUCUGCUGCCAGCAGUUCUACAGAUGCAGAACGGGAAGCAGAUACUUUCCAAGAAGGCGAAGGCAGAGGAAGGAAACUCAUCAUCUGCAAAAGAGACCGACAACAAGCCGCAACCUCCCCCUCCACCACUCCGUGCAGUGGCCAAGCCUUGA